GAACCGCAAGGUUCUGACGUCACCGUCAUGUGCUCCUCUCGCUCCCCACAAACAAACCGUCGGCAGUGUAAUACGCCGGGUGCUUACACUGUGAUGGUUGGUGAUGACGGGUAGCGGGCUCCUGUGUGUUUUUUUAUUGGUUUUUAUUAGCGACGGAGCAUUCGGCAUAACCACCGCUUUUACGCCGGUAGGCGCGGGUUUUCGCAGGGGCGACGAUCUAUCUCUGGAAAGCCCGGGUCCCCCGUUCGGGUGGGACGUGCCUCGUGAGGGUAGGCCUAUGCCCCGCUGGGUGCGGGAAGCCGGUGAACUGCCGCUGCAGCCGGACUGGGACAGCGCCGCCACCUGGUGGAUGAUUUCGCCGGCGGUGGGCGAAAGCUGUCGGCAGUUGCUGUGGGAUUUCGCCCAGAGCAGCGCGUCCCUGGUCAGCUGCGUGGUGAAGAAUGCUCGGCCGGUGCGGGUUUGCGAAGAAUGCACCUCGCAGUUUCACAUCUUGUGGGAGGCAUUCGCCAACAUUUCAAAAAAUUCAGGGAAUGUCAGCUGUUCAAAACAACUUUUGCGAUCAGACCGUUUGCAACUAGUCUUGAACAUGAAUAACUAUCUGGAAAAGAUUUGGACUGACUCCAUGUGUGAUGCAUGCUUAAAUGGGAACAAAACAGCACCAUCCGUGGACACCUUAACCUUUCGGAAGAUGCUGAGUGAUUCUUUGAGUUGUUUUGACCAUUACUCUUUGAAACACACGGCUCUCAGGAACAAUUCUGAUCUUUGUGUGAAGUGCAAAGGUUUUUACAAUAAUUUAACUGAGUGGUACAAUAGCAUGGCGGAUAAGCAGAGCCUAUGUAUUGACAUCAUUGAUGCAAUGAACUUGACACAGCAGCUGUGGAGCAAAACCUACAACUGCAUUGUCCCUUGCAGUGAUACUAUUCCAGUCAUUGCAGUGUCAACGUUUCUUCUUUUUCUACCUGUCAUCUUCUACCUCAGCAGCUUCCUUCACUCUGAGCAGAAGAAAUGGAAGCUUAUGGAGCCUAAACGUUUGAAGCCUUGCAGCAGCACAGCACACAUUGAAGACAGAUCUUCCUGAAAUUCUGCCAAUACAUCUUUUUCUUUUUAAAAAAGGACCAAAUCUUUGUGGUGCAGAAAUAAUAACAUCGUGAGGAAAUGUUAUAGCAACAUGUAUAAGGUCUUCGGACAGUGCAUCCUUCGCAUUUGUAAUUUAGACACUAGUAAGUGUUUAAGUAGUUAUCUUUUGAAAACUUGCACACUGGAAAUGCUGUCAAAGCCACAUGAAGACUGCUAAAGAUAUUCACUUAUAUAGUUCAUUUUUGUUGCCUCUGCCUUAAGUUUAAUUCUGUUACUGAGGAAAAACGUAAAGUUUAAAUCUGGUUUUAUUGAAGUGCCCUAAGUUAGGGUAGAUCUCAACUUUUUGAAAUUGAACAUUCAACUCGAAUGUUUACGUUGUUGAGAUAAGUUAAGCAUUGAGAGAAUUCUAAGCAUUUAAACCUGAACCCAACUGCUAGUUAGAUUGUUUUGACUAAUUCUAAAACACAGUUGAAUUAAAACGUACUGAAUGUUGUCGUAGGGAAGACUCACCUUUUCCUGGUUUGAUAUGUUUAUAUUUUAACCCAGCUGAUUAUAAAUGAUGCACUAUAUUUUUUCCUAAAACAGGGUAGCACUGUAGUUAGUUGGCUGUAACAUUAAUUUUAGUUUGGAAUUUAACUUACUGACUUUUUUAAAUUUGAUACUUUAAUUUAAAUAUAGGGAUCAGGCAAAUAGGAUGGUGCAAGUAGAUUCGUAAAAAACUUAAGAUUGAAACCAAGUAAUAGAACCAAUGCUCAAACAAAUUAGGAGUACAUUUGGCGUUUGUGACAAGAUGCCUUUGAUGUACAGAAUAAUAAAUCCAUGCCACAGAUGUGCAGUUAAUGAUAGCUACAACAUCUGGGAUGGUAAAACAGUUAAAUGUUGCGAUACAAAGUUUGGAUUAUCUCUGGAAGGGUGCAGUGUGAAUAUUUUCAAAUGGUUUUCCUUAUCUGUAUUUACCUUUGUGUUCUUGCAAUCAGUGCUUGUCUGAAUUUUUAAAUUAGACUUAUUGUGAGCUUGCAUUGAGUAUGCAUUGUUUUUGUUUCUGUUUACUAUGAGAGAUUUUUGGAUCAAUCACUUUAAGCAAGAAUGAAACAUUCCAUUAUGUUCACCCACUGACUUGUGAAUGAUGUGAAGUUUGUGCAUUUUCCUCCCGUUAUUUAAGUAAUCCUUCAGCUUUUUUUCAAACUUAAAUGGAUUGAAACAAUGCAGUAAGUUGUUUUGUUUUAAAUUAAAUUGUUUGUACCCUGUCAUUCAAGUGUGGCCUUUUAUAUUGCUAUCACUUUAUUUUCUUUGAAUGCGAAAUACAUAGAUUCCGGCUAUCUUCACAAAACUGACUGCAAUGAUUAAAUGGGGAGGGAGAUGUGAAGGAGAAGUAUAGCAAUAUUGGAGAGCAGCAUUUCCUGUCAGAUUCUGAUUAAACAUGAUGUUCAUUUCUAAAUGUUUGAAUUUUAUUUCACAGACUGAAAUGCCAAAGUAAGGCUGUUCAUUCUACCAACUUGUGUUAAUGUCAGCUCUUGAACCAGAGCUAACAAUGCCAAGUUACAACAUACUAGUUUGUGUGACUUCAUAAAUCCCAUUAAUAAAGCUGAAAACUAGAUUACAUUCUAA